GGACAACCAUAUACUAUCCGAAUAUAACAGCCAUCUCAACUGCAACCCCAUACAUGCAUCCAUCCAUACAUACAUACCAACCAAUAUCCCUCACCACACAUUCAUUCCCAAACCAGACCAGCGAUAAACUAUCCCAUCCAUUUAAAUUACUCACUUCCAAAAUAUGUCCGACCCCUACCCCCAGCACCAGCAACCAUCCUACCCCUCUCCCGUCCCAAAUAGCGAAACUCCGUACUACUCUCCCCCGGACGGCGUCUACCAGCACGCAGGAUACGACUACAAACCGCAACAGUUCUACAACCAGCAUGCGCUGCCGAAUCAAGACCCCGCUUAUAGUUCUCAGUACGACGUGAGCCAGAUCCCUCGGUCUUAUCCGACACAAUGGAAUCCGCAGCCUGCUAGCAGCAGCAGCACCAAUAUCAAUAAUGUCAACAAUGAGUCUAAUCCUACAUCGCAUUAUGAUCCCGACCGUCUAGGACCGGGCUAUGAACCGCCUGUUCGGAGGGGGAGUAAUGCUGAGUACUAUGCCCAAUCCGCCGCAGACAUGCAAGCCCCUCCUCCUUCAGCCCCAGAUACCGAACAGCAAUCCCGCGCCUAUGAUAAUGUCCCUACCACCAAUUCUGGUGCUGCUUCCGGUGAAGAAGAAGGCGAGCGCAGUCUAGGUGGAGCUGUUCUCGGUGGCGCGACAGGGUAUUAUCUGGGACAUAAGAAAGACCAUGGACUUUUGGGGGCAGUUGGGGGUGCGAUCUUGGGGAAUUUUGUUAGUAAUAAGAUGAAGAAGGACGAUAGUGAUGAAGAGGUGGAGGUGGAUGAUGAUCGCGAGACUGAGUACACUCGGUAUCAUAGUAGUCAUUAUCGACGGUCGUCGAGUCAUGGACAUGGACAUCAUCAUCAUCACCACCAUCACCAUCAUCAUCAUGGUCAUGGACAUCGGAGUCGGAGUCGAAGUCGGCAUGAGGAGUAUGAGGAGGAGUGGUAGGGAAGUAUUAUGAGUUAUGAGUUAUGGGUUAUGAUUGAUUGUUUCCUUGAGCUGUGAGCCAUGUUGGAUAUGAAUCAUGAUGUUGAUACCCUCUUUGUCUCUGUCUAUGAUUCUACUUACUGUGAGUUACUGGCUAUAUAGAAUGUUAUCUAUUCAAUUGAUCCACA